AUGACCACGAGCCUGUAUGUUGGCAGGAGACUCUCCUUCGAAGGUUCCCUGUGUACUGUACGCUACACGGGAAGUCUCGCCGGCACAAAGGGAGAGUGGCUCGGUGUCGAGUGGGAUGAUCCAUCACGCGGCAAGCAUGAUGGCAAGCACAAGGACGAGCAGGUCUUCACAUGCUUGUCGUCCUCGUCAACUCCUGCCUCCUUCAUCAGACCCAGUAGAAAGCCAGAUGCAGAGCAGACUCUGUUAGAAGCCAUCAAGUCGAAGUACGGUGGCGACUCAACUAACAAUUCCUCUAACACUGAAAUUGUGAUUAUUUCUGGCAAAGUGGCUCAGGAGGUAGGCUUUGACAAGAUUGCUCAACAGCAAGCCGAAUUAGCAGAACUCCGUAUUGUCCUAGUCGAUCAACUGGUGGUCAAUGGUAUAGCGUCUCGAGGUGCAUCUUCUUCAACAAUUGCCAAAGCUCAAGCCGAGCUAUCUACAUCAUGUCCCAACAUCACCGAGCUGGAUAUUUCCUACAACACCAUCGAGAACUGGCAGGAUGUGGCUGACAUCUGUAGUGCACUACCAAAGCUGAGAACUCUCAGAGCAGGCGGCUCACGGUUUCGCACAUUUGGGCAUGAUAUUCAACCAAGCCCGUUUGCGCACAUCAAAGAGCUUCACCUAGAAGAUUGUCUUCUGAGCUCGAACCAAAUCGUAGGACUGUUACGAGACCUCAGUGGUUUCCCACACCUUACACAGCUUUUCUUGUCUGCCAAUCAGCUGAGUACCCUUUUCAAUGCUCAGACCGAAGACUUACCCUGCAUAUCGAGCCUCAAAUCCCUCGUGCUGGAGAACAACUCAUUCAGAGAUCUUGAUUGUCUCAUUAUUGCUGUGGCCGUCUUUCCAAAUAUCGAGUCUUUGUCUUUGCAAGCGAAUAAGAUUUGCGACAUCGGGCCUGCUGUUGUUGCUCACAAGCAUAUCUUCCCUCAAAUCACAACGCUCAACCUGUCCCAUAAUCUAAUACCUGCCUUCAGUUUCAUCGAUUACUUGCCAAAGCUUCUGCCAAAUUUGUCGUCGUUGCGCAUUACGAACAAUCCAAUCUUCCUCCCGAGCGAGCCGAGUUCGACCACUGACUCUCGAUCCUCCGAUAAACACUAUUUCCUGACGCUGGCAAGAUUGCCAACCCUGAAAACCCUGAAUUACACGAGCAUCACCCCGAGGGACAGAGAGGAGGGUGAGAUCUACUUCCUUUCAGUUGUCGAGAAGGAUCUCAAAGCACAUCUUCUAAAGGCAGAAGCUCGUGCUCAGCUCAUUGCCAAGGUCGAACAACUAUACCCACGCUACGAGGCUCUGUGCAAGAAAUAUAGCCGCGAAUCUGUGGUAGAACAGUUACUUUCGAGUGAUCCUUCUAGUGAAGUUCUACGUGCCAUAGAAGCAACUAAGCUCUUGUAUCCGGUUGGAUCAAUUGCUGCUCGGCUUGUGAAGGGGAUUUUCUACAUACCCAACACUGCCAUCAGGAAUAAGUCUGAAGCGAAAGUAGAGCUUCAAAUUCCAGAUACCAUCCCUGUAACACGUCUACUAUCUAUAUUAUUAAGGCAGCCUGGAUUACAAGCUUAUCUAAAACCCAUGCAAUUCAAACUCAUUUACGAGUCGAAAGAGCUAGAUCCAGUCGACACUACGGCAGAGAGCACAACUCGCAGUGCAGUUUACAGUAAAACCCUUACUGCGGAAGAGAAACAAACACUCUGGAGAGAAUGGGGUGAUUGGGAUGCCGAUACGCUUGUGGAAGAGCGUCUCAAUGAGCAAGAAAGUACUACUUCUGCAGACACCGAGGCUGAGCACUGGACAGAAGAUGGUCAAUUCUGCAUCAAGGAAGGUCGUAGAUGGAAGAGGAGAGAGACGGAGAUACCUCACGCGCUCAAGCGAGGUUGGGGAGACUGGUUGGACGGCGCCAAAGAAGUGAGAAUCAGAAUCGAACCUUUCGAUCCACUAGUGUGA